CAUACAAGAUAAUAUGAAGAAUGAUAAUAAUAUUCUAGAAGAUGAAACUAAUAAUUCAAAGGGACGAAGAUGUGAAUGUUGUAGGGAGUAUAGACAUUAUGCAAAAACAUGUCCAAAUGUAGUUUAG